AUGGCCAACUGCACCUCCCGGUGGGACCCAGCACGCUCCCCCAUCACCGGCAAUGGCAGCCAGGGAGCCAUGGGGUGCUCCAGGAGCCUUACAAAAUACUACCCGCCAGACUUCGAUCCUGCUAAGAUCCCAAAGCUCAAACUCCCAAAGGACCGACAGUAUGUGGUGCGGCUCAUGGCCCCCUUCAACAUGCGAUGCAAGACGUGUGGUGAAUACAUCUAUAAGGGGAAGAAGUUUAACGCCCGUAAGGAGACUGUUCAGAAUGAGGUGUACCUGGGACUCCCCAUCUUCCGCUUCUACAUCAAGUGCACACGUUGCCUGGCAGAGAUCACUUUCAAGACAGAUCCUGAGAACACAGACUACACUAUGGAGCAUGGUGCCACUCGCAACUUCCAAGCUGAGAAGCUCUUGGAGGAGGAGGAGAAAAGAAUGCAGAAGGAGAGGGAAGAGGAAGAGCUCAACAAUCCCAUGAAGGUCCUGGAGAAUCGAACCAAGGACUCCAAGUUGGAGAUGGAGGUCCUGGAGAACCUGCAGGAGCUGAAGGAACUCAACCAGCGCCAGGCAAACGUGGACUUUGAGGCCAUGCUGAAGCAGUAUAAGGAGUACGAGGAGGAGCAGAAGCGCAAGGAGCAAGAGGAGGAUGAGCAAGAGAUUAAAGCUAUGCUGGAGCAGGCCCAGAACCAGCGGCUGCUGGUAGACUCCGACUCUGAUGAAGAGCCUGCAAAAUCACGCACGAAGCCUGUGGCAAAAAUUAAACCUACGGACAUCUUGCAAGAGGAACCUCAGCCCCAGAGUAAGAAGCCAAAGACUGAGAGCUGGGAGCGGAGCGUGGGCAAAUUGAACACCAAGCCCCAGCUGGCUGGGCUGGUUACAGUGAAGAAGCAGAAGCCAGGUCCUGCCCUGGCUAACAGGACAGAGAACCAAGGCACCGCAGCCAACACCGGCUCGUUUCCCACAGCAACGGGCACCACGUCCUCUCUCGGCUUGUUGGGGGCGUAUUCGGACAGCGAGGACAGCGCGAGUGACUGAUGAGCGCCCGAGCCAGCCCGGAGCAGGGAUCGCAGGCUGUUCCCCCGCCUGGCUGACGGCAGCCGC